AUGGCGUCCAAGAACGAGGGCCAGAAAGGAAAGAAACGGCAAAAAAUAGAUGAAUCGAGCGAUGAUUAUUCAUCCAAUGAAUCUGAUAGCGAGGAUGUUGCUUCUCAUGAGAGUUUUGAUGAAAAUAUGGAAAUCCCUGUUGAAUUUGAAGCAUUUCCACCCGCUGAAUGUGACUUUAAUGCAAUGCGAAAUCUCCUUAAACAGUUGUUUUUGAAAAGCUCUGUUGACCUGUCAGAACUUGCAGAUAUUAUUAUCUCACAAAAGAAGAUUGGUAGUAUCAUCAAGGUGGUUGAUGAAGAUGAAGAAGAGGAAAAUGAAAAAGAAGAACAAAAAGAGCAAAAUGGUCCCAGCACCAGUAGUGAGGAGGACUAUGAGGAGGAAAUUCUUGGUCUGAUUACAAUGUUGGAUCUCAUGAAAUACAAGGAAAAGAAAUGUAUCCAGCAAAUCAAGGAACUCUUACUGGAAAAAUGCAAGGCUUCUGAUGAUCAAGCAUAUGGCAAUUUCAAGGAGAUUAUGAAUGGUGAUAAAGUCAUUGGUCUAUUAUUUAGUGAGCGAUUCAUCAAUAUACCACCACAAGUUGCUCUUCCACUUUAUAAGGCAUUAAGGACAGAGCUACAGCACCAUUACAAAAAGGAUAAGAGUUCAAGCUUAGAUUAUCUUGUGCUGAUUUCAAAAUCAUUCAGGGAAAAAGAAGAUAGCAACUCAGCAAACUCAAGCAAUAAAAAGGGGAAAAAAUUAUCCAAAAAAGCAAAAAAAGGGCAAGAGUUAAAUUUUAGUAAUGCUGAGGAUGAAAUAUURYAUAAGGUAAGAUAUUUGAGAAUAAUUUGUAGUAAUUUAGUAAUUUGGGUUUGUAAUCGCAGACACUAUUUGAUUAUAUAAUAGAGCGAUAUCACAUAAGCAAUG